AUGGCAGCCCGAGGCAUCGGCGACGCGUGGCUUCCCUCUUCUCUCGAAGCUGCCAGAAUCACUUCGCUUCCGUCGACGGCUUAUUAUUUGCCCAACUUUAUCAGCGAGGAAGAAGAGCGCUUGAUUCUUGAUAGAAUCGCCGCUGCUCCUCGUCCGCGAUGGAAACAGCUCACGCAUCGACGUCUACAGACUUGGCCGUCCGAUCUCGUCCAGAACAAGCUCCUCGAUGCGCCGCUGCCUUCCUGGCUUGAAACACCCGUAAUAUCGCACUUACUGUCUCUCCCGCUCUCCGAUGACGGCCAAGGCGACGGUGUCAGACACAUCUUCGCCGAGAGCCCCCACCAGCGCCCGAAUCAUGUCCUCAUCAACGAAUAUCCUCCCGGUAUUGGUAUCAUGCCGCAUAACAAAGAGGACGGUGCCCUUGAUCCCGAGCCUGCCUGGCGCAUUAUCCAAGAACCUCGUAGUCUUCUCAUCACUACAGACACUCUCUACACAGACUAUCUGCAUGGGAUAUCCGACAUUAAGGAGGACCUUGAUCUAUCCGCCGAUACGAUUGUGAACUGGACCCUGCUUCGAGAUGCCGAGGCGUUUGCCAGCGGUCGAAAUCCAAGGCAGACCCGCACCAGUCUCACAUAUCGCGACGUCCUCAAAGUUUCCAAAGUCGGAGCCAAACUAGGUCUUUUCAACAAGAGAUAA